AUGAAUUCUCGGCUAUCCGGGAGACGCCACGUCGUUGGCUGGGGUGCCGACGUUUCGCCUGACAUGUCGCAGCCUUCCUCAGGGCAUUUCGGCGCCACUCAAGAGAGGCCGGCGUUAGCAGACACCGCUCCGGAGCGGACGGGCGCAUCCGUAUCGGACAGCUGGCCAGCGGACCCGCACCCCGGGCCAGCUAUAAGAGCCGCGCCCGGCGAGCAGAGAGCCAGUCAAGCGCCUGCCUGCUUCGAGAAGUGA